GCGCCGCCGCAGUGCUGCUGCUGAGCUGUUCUUCUGCUUCUCUUCAUCGUCUCUCCGACUCUGUCCGAACUGACGAAGCAACGAAGUCAGACGACCCUCGAAUUGUUGUUAUAAAAGAAAAAACCGAAAAAAGAAAAUGGCUUUACUUUCCGUGAGGCUGGCCGCUUCGUUGGCGAGACAAUUGCCCGGCACUCAGGUGAGCUAUCCAGCUGCUGCCUUAGUAUCCAGGAAAUACCAUGUAUCCUGCAGUCGCAGAUCUGCUGAGAUCUCUUCCAUUCUGGAAGAACGCAUUCUUGGUGCCAGCACAAAGGCUAACCUCGAAGAGACUGGCAGAGUACUCAGCAUUGGUGAUGGUAUUGCCCGUGUCUAUGGUCUUAAGAACAUUCAGGCUGAUGAGAUGGUGGAAUUCAGCUCUGGUCUGAAGGGUAUGGCCUUGAAUUUGGAGCCUGACAAUGUAGGUAUUGUCGUCUUUGGUAAUGACAGACAUAUCAAGGAAGGAGACAUUGUCAAACGUACCGGUGCUAUCGUCGAUGUCCCAGUCGGUGAAGAACUCUUGGGACGUGUUGUUGACGCUUUGGGUAACCCCAUUGACGGCAAAGGCCCACUUGGCAGCAAACUUAGGUUCCGUAUUGGUACUAAAGCCCCUGGUAUCAUGCCUAGGGCUUCUGUACGAGAGCCUAUGCAGACUGGUAUCAAAGCCGUCGACUCCCUUGUACCAAUUGGUCGUGGUCAGCGUGAGUUGAUCAUUGGUGACAGACAGACUGGUAAAACUGCUCUGGCUAUCGACACCAUCAUUAACCAGAGGCGUUUCAAUGAGGCCGGUGAUGAGAAGAAGAAGCUCUACUGUAUAUACGUCGCCAUCGGUCAGAAGAGAUCAACAGUCGCCCAAAUCGUCAAGCGUCUUACAGACAGCGGUGCCAUUAACUACACCAUCAUUGUGUCGGCUACCGCCUCUGAUGCCGCCCCUCUGCAGUACCUUGCCCCAUACUCUGGUUGUGCCAUGGGUGAAUUCUUCAGAGAUAACGGCAAACACGCCCUCAUCAUAUACGACGAUUUGUCGAAACAGGCUGUAGCCUACCGUCAAAUGUCCCUGUUGCUGCGAAGACCCCCAGGUCGUGAGGCCUACCCCGGUGAUGUCUUCUACCUCCACUCCCGUCUCCUUGAGCGUGCCGCCAAGAUGAACGAAAGCUUGGGUGGUGGUUCCCUUACUGCCCUUCCCGUCAUUGAGACCCAGGCUGGUGAUGUAUCUGCGUACAUCCCAACCAAUGUCAUCUCCAUCACUGACGGACAAAUCUUCUUGGAAACCGAGUUGUUCUACAAAGGUAUCCGACCAGCCAUCAACGUCGGUCUGUCUGUAUCUCGUGUAGGUUCAGCUGCCCAGACCAAGGCCAUGAAACAGGUCGCCGGUUCCAUGAAAUUGGAGUUGGCCCAGUACCGUGAGGUCGCCGCCUUCGCCCAGUUCGGUUCCGAUUUGGACGCUGCCACCCAACAGCUCUUGAACCGUGGUGUUCGUCUUACUGAGCUCUUGAAACAGGGACAGUAUGUACCCAUGGCCAUUGAAGAACAAGUAGCCGUCAUCUACUGUGGUGUCCGUGGAUACCUCGACAAAAUGGACCCCACUAAAAUCACCAACUUCGAGAAGGAGUUCACAGCCCACAUCAAAUCCACCCAGAAGGACUUGUUGGCCACCAUUGCCAAGGAAAACAUCAUCAGCGAAUCCUCCGACGCUAAAUUGAAACAGGUUGUCACAGACUUCUUGGCCUCUUUCAACGCGUAAACAUCGAGAUCCUAAGAUUCCGACAAAAGCUCGAUUAAUUAGUUGUAACAGUUGCUGCGCAGGCGCUGACACCUGUGCACAAGUUGUAUAUUUGGAAUUUAAUUAGCAAGUAUACAGCCCGUGCUCAAGUUGUAAUAAACCAUUAAAUGUAUUCGUCACAAUUGAUGUAAUCACCUAUUGUCAUUGGCAUUAUACUUUAUAUUAAAUCAAAAUUAAAAAUUA